AUGCCUAAGGAGAUCAAUGCGAACGGAAAGAGACGUCGCCCCGCGGAUGAUGAUUCGGAAACCAACGCUGUAGAGAUUCGUGACGCCGAAGAGCCUUUCAACCAAGCCACUGCAGACUGCAUCUUACGCUCCUCCGACGGCAUGGACUUCCGCGUCCACAAACUCGUCUUAUCACUAGCCUCGGUAGUCUUCGAAUCUAUGUUCUCCCUUCCCACUAUCAAAACGCGUUCUUCGUCCUCGUCUUCGCAAGAGAUGAGAGGCGGUUUGCCCGUGAUCCCCCUCCCCGAAGCAUCGCUCAUCCUCGAUUCCCUUCUUCGCCUCUGCUAUCCGACAUCUGCCCCAGAUCUGACGCAGUUUACACACGCGAGGGUUUUAUACGAUGCCAUAGACAAAUACGCAAUGGACGCCCUCGCUCAGCCUGUCAAAGACGCGCUCCUAAGGACCGCUCGGCAAGACGCCACCACGGCCUACGCAUUCGGUUGUCGCCACCAGAUCUCCGAACUCGUCGUAACGGCUGCGAAAGAAACCCUCAACCACCCCCUAGAUCAUCUCUCUUCAUUAACGAUGUCCGGUACCGUCAAUGCGAAUGGAAAGAGACCACACGUAGAAAACGACUCAGACGAUGACCAGCAACGAGUUGACGAUAUUCGCGAUGCAGAAGCUCCCUUCAACCAAACCACCGCAGACUUCAUCCUCCGCUCCGCCGACCUCAUGGAUUUCCGCGUUCACAAGGCGGUUCUCUCGCUAGCGUCGCCCAUCUUCGAAACCAUGUUCUCGCUUCCCAAGACCAGGAGCGGUUCUUCAUCACAAGAGAAGAGGGAAGGACUCUCGGUCAUUACCCUCCCCGAAUCCUCUGAUAUUGUUGAUGUUCUUUUGCGCCUCUGCUACCCGACAUCACCGCCUAUUAUAACCCAAUUCACCCUCGCGUCACGCCUCUACGAAGCGGUAGACAAGUACGCUAUGGACUCGCUUUUAGAGCCUGUCGUUCAUGCGUUGGUCGAGACCAGCUGUCAGGAGCCUUUAGCUGCCUACGCAUUUGGUUAUCGCCACAAAGUCAAAGGCCUUGUUAUCGCCGCUGCGAAGGAGACUUUGGAGACUCCGAUCAAAGAUCUUCAGCAUAGUUCCGAACUCGAACGCAUCACUGGAGGGGACCUCUUCCGAUUGAUCCAAUAUCACGAGGAUUGCAGGAAGGUGGCAAGUUCGAAAGCGCACAGCGACCGAAGCUGGAUCCCACGUCUCUCAUGUAUACCUUUGGCUACUACGAAGCAAGAAUGCGCAGUGUGUCGCCAACAACAGAAAAUAUCCAAGGAUAUUAACGUCCUAGAGGGGAUGGUGCAUAGCCCCUGGAACGGGCAAGAGCGUUGGAUUUUUUGGGCUCCCGAGUGGUGGCACGACUAUAUAAAACGGGCGCAGGGUGCGCUCAAGGUUAGGCCGAGGGGUGACACGGUAAAGAGCAAGGAAGUGUUGGGACCCGCACUGACGGCUGCGGUGGCAUGUGUCGAAACUACUGCCUGCCGAAGCGGUACCCAGGCUCUGGUCGACUAUAGCGAGCUAUUUGCGAAGGCGGUCGAGGAUGCAAUUGACGAGGUAAGUGUUGUCUUCAUUGCAUAG